AGAUUUCUUUGCAAUACUGCCUGAUGCACUGAAUCCAUUUCUCUCCUAGCCUGGCGCUUGGCAGGCAGGCUGGCGCUCCCUGGCUCUGCCUUCCCCAUCUCCCUGUGUUUUCUCCCACGGCCCAUCUGCCCCUCCUUUCCUCCACCCCCUUCUCCUCUCUGCUCCCCUUUAUUUCCACUCCCCACCCGCGUGGCUUUGCUCUCCCUCUCCCCGCUCAGCUCGUCUGUAUUUGGAGCUCCGGAAGCUGCCGGCGACUCUCCCCGGGAGCAGCGUGACUGACACCGGCUCCGAUUCAGGGGGAGGAGGGAGAGGGAGGAGAAGGGGAGGGCCGCGGGAGGAGGGCGCAGUGGCGGGCCACGGAUUUGCGUCGCCGAGGACGGGACCCCGGGGCAGCGAAGCAGAAUGGCCAACAUGCAGGGACUGGUGGAAAGACUGGAACGAGCUGUCAGCCGCCUGGAGUCUCUGUCUGCCGAGUCCCACAGGCCCCCAGGGGACUGCAGGGAAGUCAACGGUGUCAAUGGAGGUGUGGCACCCUCCGUGGAAGCCUUUGACAAGCUGAUGAACGGUAUGGUGGCUGAGUUUUUAAAGAACAGCAGGAUGCUUGCUGGAGACGUGGAGACCCAUGCAGAAAUGGUGCACAGCGCUUUCCAGGCACAGCGGGCAUUCCUUCUGAUGGCCUCUCAGUACCAACAACCCCAUGAGAAUGACGUGGCCACUCUUCUGAAACCCAUAUCAGAAAAGAUUCAGGAAAUCCAGACUUUCAGAGAGAGAAACCGGGGGAGUACCAUGUUCAAUCAUCUUUCGGCUGUCAGCGAAAGCAUCCCUGCCCUUGGAUGGAUAGCUGUGUCCCCCAAACCCGGUCCUUAUGUCAAGGAGAUGAAUGACGCUGCCACCUUUUACACUAACAGGGUCUUAAAGGACUACAAACACAGUGAUUUGCGCCAUGUGGAUUGGGUGAAGUCAUAUUUGAACAUUUGGAGUGAGCUUCAAGCAUACAUCAAGGAACACCACACCACUGGCCUCACAUGGAGCAAAACAGGUCCUGUAGCAUCCACGGCAUCAGCGUUUUCUGUCCUGUCUGCUGGGCCUGGCCUUCCUCCACCCCCUCCUCCUCCACCUCCUCCAGGGCCACCUCCACUUUUUGAGAAUGAAGGCCAAAAAGAGGAAUCCUCUCCUUCACGCUCAGCUUUAUUUGCCCAGCUUAACCAGGGAGAAGCAAUUACGAAAGGGCUCCGCCAUGUCACAGAUGACCAGAAGACAUACAAGAAUCCCAGCCUGCGGGCUCAAGGAGGGCAAACUCGAUCUCCCACCAAAAGCCACACUCCAAGUCCCACGUCUCCUAAAUCCCAUCCUUCUCAAAAACAUGCCCCUGUGUUCGAGUUGGAAGGAAAGAAAUGGAGAGUGGAAUACCAAGAGGACAGGAAUGACCUUGUGAUUUCAGAGACUGAGCUGAAACAAGUGGCUUACAUUUUCAAAUGCGAAAAGUCAACUCUUCAGAUAAAAGAGAAAGUAAACUCCAUUAUCAUUGACAACUGUAAGAAGUUUGCCCUGGUGUUUGACAGUGUGGUGGGCAUUGUGGAGGUGAUCAACUCCAAGGACAUUCAAAUCCAGGUAAUGGGAAGAGUGCCAACAAUUUCCAUUAAUAAGACAGAAGGUUGCCACAUAUACCUCAGUGAAGAUGCAUUAGACUGUGAGAUUGUGAGCGCCAAGUCAUCUGAAAUGAACAUACUUAUCCCUCAGGAUGGUGAUUAUAGAGAAUUUCCCGUUCCUGAGCAGUUCAAGACAGCAUGGGAUGGAUCCAAGUUAAUCACUGAGCCUGCAGAAAUUAUGGCCUAACUUCCCAAGAGACCGAACCCCUUCACCUGAAUACCUGAAUCCCCCUAUCAAACAAACAAAAAAGCAGCAGUGAAGAGCUAGAAGUCGCAGUAGCCCCUACUGCGUUAGCUUUGGCCUCCAGCGAUUCUGUGCUAUAGACACAGCACUGUUUCUGGCACGCCUCAUGGGCAUUUUGAAAUAUUUAACGUUUCCUCAUGAUUUGCCUUUGUGUGUGAUUUUAGUUCCACGUGAUGACUUGUGAACAUUAUGGAUUUUAAGGAAAAAAAAAAGAAUUUUGUUCCCCUCAUAUCAGGAACACAGUAACUGAUAGGUAAAAAGGCUGCAUGAUUCACUUUUACACUUAGUUUCAUUGCUAGUUAAAAAGUAAUACCUUUGAGAAUCUAAGAUGUACAUUUUUACCUUUUACACAAUUUCAAUAUAACAUAGAAGUAGUAGUGUGCCCUGAAAAAUGUACACGUUUUUUCUUGCUGUUACCACACGUUCGCCUGUAUCAGCGUGGAUAUCGUCAGCAUGCGUACAUAUUUCAGCCCACGCUUUUAAAAGGUACGAAUCCAUAUUAAGGACGAAAUUCAGUUCCUUGGUCCUUCAAAGACCUGUAUUCUCUGUAGUUACUAAAAACUUAAAAUAAAUUCUAAUUAUAACUAUCCAUCUGAAGUAUUUUUCCACCAUGUCAUCUGAAAACUUACUUUUCUUGUGCGUAAGAGAUUCUUAUGCCAGAACAUUAAUCAGGAGAAAUCGUUUUGGCUAUGUAAUACCUUGCAACUUUACUCUAAAAUCAAGCUCAGUUAUUGUUUUCCAAGUUUGAAGCUGUUAAAUAUCAGAUGCCUUGUAAAUUAUGUCUUUAAUGUUUUAUUAUAGACUGAUUUCCUCCUUUCCACCUGCCAGACUUGCUAACCAGGCUCCAAAGUGAACAUGAAAAAGCCAUACAUGUAUUACUUCUCUUAAAACCUAAGGCAUUGUCUUUUGGUUUGGCUUGCUGCUUCUAUUUUGUAGUCUUGAUAGUAGAUGCUGCUUCAGCGUAAGAGUAGCUAUGCUAUUCCUUUGUAUCUUUUCAGUACAUAGUGCUGAAAAUCUGCAACUUCUUGGAUCACAUUUAAUGAAUUAUAGUCUAAUGCUUGCAGGCCCAGUACAAGCAUAUAUAUUGUGCCUAUUACAGCCUUUGGGAUACAUCAUUUCCGUUUUUUAAAUACCUUCUAUAUCCAUAUAGUAUUUGAAUUAUUAAUGCUCAUGUACCUAGGUUUUGCUAUAAAAGUUUUGUCUGUAUGAAUAAUGUGGCUUUAGUAAAUAAUCAUUUUUCAAACUGUAAACUUAUUCUGAAAUAAAGUAAAAUUCUAAUUGUUUAAAAAUUCUG